CAUAUCCGUGUUAUUCUGCCGGCAGAUUACUGCUGAGAAGGGCCAACGCCAAUUGUCAUUUAUUAGAAUCAACUUAACGGCUCUCCUCAAGACGCCCAAGGAUCACGGCUAAUUCCGCGGCUGAGUCUCUGCUCACUGUGUUUUAUACACCGCCAACGUUCAACGUUGGCUUGUUUGUGUUGCUGCGCAGAAAUGUGUGUACGUGUUGACGAAUUUACGGGGACGUCGAGGGAGAUUAAAGCGGCUUAACAGCAGUCCCGGCUAAUUCGCCACGUUGACAGCCACUCAUAAUUAUCCCAUUACCGCUGCCAUUGCCGACCAUAUCAUAUCUACGCAACACACCCGCCACUAUUAAGGCGGGAGAAUUAGCGGCGGUGCCGGGCGUAAUCCGCGAUGGAUUCCUUGCUGGAUCCCCUGCACACCCACACCCACUAUAACAGCGCCUCGCCGACCGCCGACUUUGCCGCGUCGGCGUCGGCGCGUUCCACCGCGCAGUCGCAACGGCAGUUCACGGCCUUCGCUAGUUUUUCCGCGCCCGCCGCGGCCGCUGCCGCCUGCCAGCCGCUCACGGCCCCCACCAGCGCCGCGGGCGCCAAACAACACGCCAAAUCCUACGGAUACGACACGCAUGCGCCGGACAGCCAGCCGCGCAGCCGGACCGCCUAUUCCCAACACAAACAUUCCGAGAGCGGCGACGCUGCCGGCGGCGGCAGUCGCAACGGCUCAGGUGCCGCAUCCGCAUCACCUGCCCACGCACAUGCACAUACACACUCCGCCAAGGACGACACACCGGCCGCCCGUGGCGCCAGCCACGUUAACGACAGCGCGGCCGCUGCUGCCGACAAGACGGCCACCGACACGCAGGCCAACGACAGCGACUCGGAAGACGACGCCAAGCGGAAACUCAAACGCCAGCGGCGUCAGCGCACCCACUUCACCAGUCAACAACUACAGGACUUGGAAGCAGUAUUCUCACGUAACCGCUACCCCGACAUGCAGACCCGCGAGGAGAUCGCCAUGUGGACCACGCUGACCGAGCCCCGCGUGCGGGUGUGGUUCAAGAACCGGCGCGCCAAGUGGCGCAAGCGCGAGCGCAACCUGGGCGAGGCGUACAAGGCGGGCGUGGGCGUGGGCGUGGCGGGGGGCGGGGCCUUCAACAGCGCGGGGCACGCCGUGGCGGCGGCGGCGCAGUUCAACUCCUUCAUGCCCUCCUUCCCGGUGGCCAGCCAGUUCCCGGUGGCCGACGCCGUGGACCCCUUCUACUCCGUGGGUGCGGCCAACUACUCCAACGUCUACUGCGGUCCUAACUGGGCCUCCAAGAUCCCCUGCCCCUCCAAGCCGGCCGCCGCCUUCGCCUGGAACUGCCAUUCCGCGCCCGUCAACAUGAACAUGCCGGUGCAGACCUCCUUCGGCGCCUCCACGGGGGCCGGCACGCCCACCGACGGCUACACGCCCGGGGGCGGGGCCUACGUGUCCCAGGCGUACGGAUCGGCGGCAGCGCAUUCCUCCUACAUGCAGCAUUACCGGAACGCGGCUGUGUUGGGCAGCGACGCGGGACGCCUGUCCAAGAGCAAGCACGGCGGCGGCGGCGGGAUGGGCGGGGCCAAUGGCGGCGGCAUGUUCAGCGCCUACCCGGCGGCGGUGGGCGGUCACGUGGACCUAACGGACAUGGUGCUGGCCGGCGUCAACGUCAACACGGCGGCGCUGCAGAACAUAUGACGCGCCAACAGUUGCGGUUGGGCCGGAGCAAGCAAUUCGGUGACACUGGGGGAAAACAGGACUUACGUAUUUCGAAUUUAAUCCGUUGCUGAAUGAUCUGUAUAAAUGAACGGUGUAUCUCUGGUUAAUUAUGGGUGAAAGCAGACUUGUGCUGUUUAUGAACAAGUAUUGUUUCUUUUCCUUUUCUAUCGCUCCUUAAUUAAAUAAUAUUUUAUCGUAUGUUGUUGUUGUACAAGCAUUCAUAUCAAUGUUAACACUAAAAAGAUGUAUACCAAAUGCGUAUUCGUAGUAUAUCUGUACAGUACUACUACUCUCAUGUAAAAAUAUUUAAUUAUCAAUCUGGCUUUGCAUAUUGCAUAUACCUACGGAUCGGUUUAUGUACGUGU